UUGUUCGUUCGCCUCACGUGAGAACUUUUUAAAAAGUAGUCGCUGUCAAGCACGCUCGCGAAAGCUAACGGUCGACAACAAUUCUGACUGCGAACACAAAAUAUGGCUUCUCGAAAAAGUGUCACAUUAACAUCGCCUUUUAUUAAACAUUAAUGAAUUGUGUGAGAGUGUGCAGGCACUGUCAACACGGGAGGAGAAGGAGGUGUCGGAUCAGUCCCAGUGCUGCGAAGUUAGCAAAACGCUACCAGUUUGUGUGGAACCAUGGUAAACUGGAUGACCCGACAAGGGCCAGGGAUGAAGAGACAGAGCUGAUCUGGGAACAGCUGACAGGCGAACCCCAGCGGUGGAACACCCGGCUUACUGAUCUGGGAACAAAGAAGCAGGAAGUCGGCGGAGUGAAAAAAAGAGAAACGGAGGUACGCAGCGCCUGCGAGUGAGUGCACGGAGGGGAGAGCUGAACCAGGAAGUGAGCGAUCGCUAGGCAGGUCUGUAGCAGUGCAAACACAGAGCCCAGGCAACGGCGGCGGAGGGCUUCCCAGAGACUGCGUCUGUCGCCGGCCGUAGAGCGCUCCUCCCCCCCCCCCCGGUACCGCCAACCCUGCCGCCGCCGCGGAGAGACCCAGCCGCGCUGCAGCAGUCUGCACGGAGAGAGAGAGAGAGGGAGAGACCUGAGCGACCAGCGACCGCGACUGAGCACAACACAGCGCCUCUUGGAACUCCCUUCCCCCCGCGCCCGCCCUUGACGUUUGGGGAUGGACAGGGUCGGGGACAGCCGACAGGACGGGGAGGAGCUCCCGCUGUGCGAUGGGACAUGUGACGCCUGUGAGCCGGACGAGCCCCAGCCCGCCGCCCAGGUGUGCCUCACCUGCGGCUUCGCCUUCUGCACCGUGCACGGGGAGAAGCACCAGCGCAGCACCCGGCACGCCCUGCAGCCCUACUGCCCCGACCCGCCCCCCGCGCAGGGCACCCAGCACGACCAGGGCGAGGCGGGAGGAGGAGGGGGAGGAGGAGGGGGCGGGGCGGAGGCGGAGGCGGAGCCACAGGACGAGGAGGACGGGCCCCCCGCGCAGGAGGGGGGGAAGGGCCGGGAGACGGUGACCGUGGAGAGGCUGCGCUGUAAGGAGCACGGCCAGGAGGGGUCGCUGUACUGCAAACACGACGAGAAGAUCGUGUGCGUGGUGUGCGCCGUGCAGGGGGAGCACAGCACCCACGAGAUCAUCACCCUGCGAGAGGCCUACCUGUGGCAGAAGAGUAAAGGAGGAGUCGACCUUCUCGGCUCCACCCAGGAGAUGGCCGAGAGGAUCAAGUCAAAGUGGACCAGCCCUGAUAUGAGCACGGAGCAGCUGGAGUCGUACGUGAAUCAGCAGUUUGACGCUCUGCACCUGCUGGUGCGGCUGGAGGAGCGGCGCACGCUGCACCUGGUGGACCUGAAGGAGGCCUUCCUGACCGCGCAGGCCGCCGAGAAGAUCGCCGAGAUCUCCGUGCACACGGAGCGGCUGCAGGAGGAGAUGGACUCCAUUACCCAGCAGCUCGGCGCCCUGGACCAGGGGGAGGAGCCUCCGUCCAACCCCGUUCCCAUGGUUGUGGAGGCCAGGCCGAGGCCCGACCCCAGACAGGACCCACCCCGGGACUACGGAGACGGGGGCCCGGGCUCCUUCAUGGGCCACGCCCCGUGACAACCCCAAAAAAGGCCUGACGACCAGCUGCCCGCUCCUCUGCGCUCCGCUCAUCCCAUUCCGGUUCAGUAGACCCCUGACACCCCCCGAGGUCUACUGGGGCUCCACUGGCCCAGGUGCGACCCGCCUGGAAGUUGGUGAUUCUAAAAGAGACGUCCUUUCCAUUCUUCGUGCAUUAUAUAUAUUUUUUUAUAAAAAGCUUGAUUUUUUCUGUUUUCUGGGUUGAAAAAUAUGGUUGUGUUUCCUGUAGUCACACUUUUGGGCUCACAGUGUAAAUCUUACAUUUUCUCUUUGCCUGCUCCAGCCAUUAAUCUGCUGGAGUUUGUGUAUAAUUAGGCCAAAAUGUUGUGCUGAUCGGUAAUGUGGCAGAUGCUUAUAAAUGCAGUGGGUGUUAAAAUUCAAUGUGGAAUUUAAGAAGGUGUAAACAAGUUGGGCUUUCCAGCACAGAAAAUGUUUAAUCAUUCGAGGGACCUUAAUUAUGACAAAAAACUCAAGGAAUGGCAAGGAAAACAGCCUGUUGUAAAUACUUGUUAAUUAUACAAAGAAAUGUGAUUGUGUUCUGUAUGUGUUUGAAGUUUACAAAAUUCAAGUCAUGUUUGCAAUUUGGAACAGUUAAGACCUUCAUCAGAAUAUCAUGAAAUAUUGAAGUCAGUGCUUCAUUUUUGAUUGGAAUUUUCUCAUGAAUAGGUGUCUCUACAGAAUUUCUGAAAUUGAUUUUGCCAAACGGCUUUGACCAAUAACCAGGCCUUCAGAGUCCAAAAAAAGACAUUUAAAUACUGCAUUUAGAGGAAGUCGGAAGCAGCAUAACCUGGAGAUAAUUCCCAAUUAUAAAAGGUCAGGGUAGACCAGUCUAGUCUAGGUACUAAUGGCCUUCUCAGAUGGGCAAUGGAAAGGCCUCCGUAUGCUUGUAUUAGGACUUUCCCAGCUAAUGAUUGGGACAGCUUAUAGCCUAGUGGCUAUGGUGCAUGACUGGGACCCGGAAGAUUGGUGGUUCAAGCCCUGGUGUAGCCACAAUAAGAUCUGCAAAGUUGUUGGGCCCUUGAGCAAGGCCCUUAACCCCACAUUGCUCCAGGAGGGAUUGUCCCCUGCUUAGUCUAAUCAACUGAGAGUCACCUCGGAUAAAAGCGUCAGCUAAAUAACAAAUUAUAAAUCAUUAACUUAGGUAAAAGAGAGUUUGCAUUCAGCCCAAAGUUUCAGAAAGCCUUGUAUCUGUGGUUUGCAUUCAGCCCAAAGUUUCAGAAAGCCUUGUGCCUGCAGCCUGCAUUCAGCCCAAAGUUUCAGAAAGCCUUGUAUUUGUGGUUUGCAUUCAGCCCAAAGUUUCAGAAAGCCUUGUAUCUGUGGCUGCUCACAGGUAGCGGGGGACUCAGGUGUGACUCCCCUUUGAACGGAGAUGAUCGGUGAAGAAAGCUGAAUUUCCUUAAUGGGAAUUAUGUUAAUAAGUGUGCAAACGCGUCUGUUCCUACCUGAUAUGCAGGAAUAGAUUCGGCUCAUACAUAUGCGAGUAAAUAGUCUUCAUCUGGCUGAGAAAACACACGCGCUGUCUCUUCCAGGCUUCGCAGAAACCUCGCCCUUUUUUAACAUCAAAUAUUUUAUUUUUGACAUGAAAUAUUUAACAUGUGUUUUGGCUGUGUGACAGUUCUAUUUCGGAGAUAAAUCAGUGAGGCGUCUGGAUGAAAUGUGGAGGUGUGCCGUUUCUCUCAGGGCUUUUGUCAUCACGUUCUCUGAGCUGAAACAGAGCUGGGGAAGAGCGGUCCGCCGCGUUUUUAAUGUCUCCCGCUUUGCCGCGGCUGUGCGGGAGCUAAGUGUGAGCUGGAGGGGGUUUAACACUUAAGAGGCGCUGCCUGCUCGCGUGGACAGCUUCUGAACGGCUUCACACGACCGAAGCUUCGCUGCGGAGUCUCCGUGGCGGGGGCUGUGCUUCCGGAGCGAAAGAUUUCAGCGCGCCUGAAUUAAACGUGAUUUGAUUUCUGUUUCUGUUUUUUUUUGUUGUGUAAAUAAAGUUUAAUGAAUGCA